AUGCCUCAGUCUCAUGUCAACAGUCAGCCCAAGAGCUCGGUUCCUAUCGCCAUCGGCGGCACCUCGACUUCUCUCCAGUCAAGCGCCAAGUCCGACGGCACCAUUUCCCUCCCAAACAUCGGCGCAUCGGGCACACGCCCCAUCGUCUCAUCACCACUGUCACAACAGGUCUCGAUACCGAAGGCCUUGCCUCUGGCAACCUCACUCGGCGUGUCCCCGACUAACUCGCUCAACAUGAGCAACGUCCAUCCCCCUGGCCCACUCCAUCCACCUGCGAAGAAAAAGGUGCACUUGAGCCCCGAAGUCGACGACAAUGAGACGCCCUACUACAUUCACUCAGGGCUUGACAAGCACGGGGCGCUCUCGGGCUGGCUGCGCGGCAAGCACGAGCACCCCCCUUCGCGCGGACGUCGGGAUGAGCAGAACGAUCUCCGCAAGCCCAUCGAGCCGGCCAAGCAGCCGGUACCGCCGCGACCCCGCCGGCCAGGCAUUCUCAAGCCCCUCACACCGGCACACCCUCCACUCCCCGAUAGACUCGAGAUGAUUGACCGGGGUUACGAAAGUGAGGGCGCUAACGUUUCGCGCUUCGACGGCAAUGCCAUCUACGACGACGGGUUCAUGGAGUACGACGAUGACGACGACGAUGACGAGCCGUCGUCGCUUAGCCGGCAGCUUGCCGAGACGGCACAGGGCGUUCGUGAGGUCAGCCGCGAGCUCGGCCGCACCCGGGUGAGAUCUCGCAUCCAGACGAUCCUGGUUGUCACGAAGGCGCGCGACAAUCGCCUCAUUACGCUCACCCGCGAGCUCGCAUUGUACUGCAUGCUUCGCAAACCGGCGGCGACGGGCAACAACCCCGAUGUGCGCCAGAGAAGCAACAUGUCGCCCGAUCGCGGCAUGAUCGUGUACGUCGACAACCAGUUGCGCAGCUCGAAACGCUUCGACGCUGCCGGCAUGCAACGCGACUACCCACAGUUGUUUGAGCCGAUCGCCAGUCGCCGGAGGUCGUCGAACUCGGCGAGUGCGAGUGCGAGCAGCGCGAGCAUCUCAACCAUGGCGAGCUCAUGGAGCGCGACGAGCGGCUCGGGCGCCGACCAGCGCAAGGACCGAGGCCAGCUGCGCUACUGGACGGCUGAGAUGUGCUCUAACUCGCCCCAGCUCUUUGACUUUGUCGUCACGCUCGGCGGUGACGGCACCGUGCUCUUCACCUCGUGGCUAUUCCAGCGGAUCGUGCCGCCGGUUCUGCCGUUUGCGCUAGGCUCACUCGGCUUCCUCACCAACUUUGACUUCAAGCAGUAUCAGGAAACGCUCGACAAGUGCAUCGAUGACGGUAUACGCGUCAACCUCCGCAUGCGCUUUACGUGUGUUGUGUACCGCGCAGUCGCGCCAGACGCAUCCAUGGUCGUCGGCAAGGGAAGGAAACGCAAGGCGAUCCGUAAACCCGGCGGCGAGAUCCUCAUCGAGCAGGUCGACCGGGACGGAUGGGAGGCGCUUGAGGGCGGCACACCCAUCGGCAGCGUUGACAAGGGCUCGCACCGCAAGGACAAGGAGAUCAUGUGCUUUACGACGAGGCCUGUGGAGCAGUUCGAGGUGCUCAACGACCUCGUUGUUGACCGCGGACCCAGUCCGUUCGUGUCUCUGCUCGAGGUGUUUGGCGACGACCACCACCUCACGACCGUGCAGGCCGACGGUCUCACUGUGUCGACGCCCACCGGUUCCACCGCCUACUCGCUCUCGGCUGGCGGCUCGCUGGUGCACCCAGGCAUCCCGGCGAUUCUUAUCACCCCCAUCUGCCCGCACACUCUGUCCUUCCGGCCAAUGCUUCUCCCAGACGGCAUUGAACUGCGCGUCUGUGUGCCCUACAACUCUCGCUCCACUGCGUGGGCGUCGUUCGACGGCCGUGGCCGUGUGGAGCUGAAGCAGGGCGACCACAUCAAGAUUACUGCGUCCAAGUACCCGUUUCCGACUGUGUGUGCGGACAAGCAGAGCACGGACUGGUUCCGCAGUAUCCAGCGCACGCUCAAGUGGAACGAGCGCGAGCGGCAGAAGUCGUUUGUCGUCGUCGAGGAGGACCACCCGUAUGACCCUCACAAGGAGGAGAACAGGCUCAGCGACAGCGACGACGAGUACGACUCGGACGGCUCAUCGGAAGAGGACGAGUUUGACAUUGACGACAAGUCUGCGGGCGAGGUCACGCCUCCUCCAAGGGACGACAUUGAUACUUCUUUUGCGCCGGCCAAGCCGCUGCGCGUACACACGCAGCUGCGCCAUCUUAGGGACAACGAUGGCGAGUUCCGUUCAGGUGUGCAGUCUCCUGACCGCUUCGCGUCGAGCUACGAGUGCCCGCCUCCAAUCAGCCAGCGGCACCUGUUCGACGCGCUGGCCAAGGUCGAGAGCAAGCUCAGGCGCGUGGAGAUUCAGGACCAUAAGGAAGACGACAACGACGACGAAGAAAUCCAGGACUCUACUAAUCGCCCGCCAAGCGUCUCGUCUGGGGGUGAGGGUACGCCCGUUGCGAUCACCGUGCCGCUACCAGUCGAUCACAUGGAGCGCGCCGAGGCCGAAGACGAAGUACCCCCGCUCCCAGAGGGCAUCGCCCGUACAGAGAGCGACAUGACGCUCGCCCCGCCCGACCACUAUGACCGUGCGGGCCGCCGCUCAAACAGCAGCUAUGACGGCGGGCGCACACCGCGCCAGGGCCGGUCUAGGUCGCGGUCUCGAGCGCGCGAGGUGCGCGCCAGUAGCAAUUCGCGUUCUGGAUCACCACACGUCGGGGCCAAGAAGCCCAAGGCGUUUGCAUUCUUCGGCCAUGACGACUCGCAAUCAGAGGUCAGCGACGACGAGUAA